GUGGUUUAGGUUUCAGCGCUUCGCUUGCCUCUCUGUUCAUAAUCCUGUCGAAGAGAGAUAAGAGUUGCGUAAUUCACUCUAAGAUUUCGUCCAAAAGAAAGAUAUUUAGCGUAAAGAUCUUUUUGCAUCAAAAACAUGUCUGAUGAUUUGGUGAAUCCGGUGAUAAGCUUGAAGCUACUCAUAGACAAAGAGAAAAACAAGGUUGUAUAUGCUGAAUCUGGUGAAGAUUUCGUCGACAUACUCUUUAGUUUCUUGACAUUGCCAAUGGGAACACUCGUUAGAUUGCUUGAGAUGCAUCAGAAGUCAAAGUCAGUCCCCAUCGGCUGUUUCAACAAUAUCCACGCAAGUGUAGCGGGUAUGGCGAUGAAGCAUUUCAGUUCCCAAGCUUCCAAACAGAUGCUUCUCUACCCUGGGAGUUUGAAUCGCGACAAAUGCCAAAAGACCAAGCUGAGGAUAGAUGAUACACAGGCUACUAAAUGUUUCAUGUGCCCUAUGUUUGUGCGAAGCGGGGAAUGUAGUAAAGGGUAUAGCAAUUUCAACACCUCGAGGUGUAGCUGUGGGAAUUUGAUGAGUGAAGUCAUUCAGUUCCAAGGAGAAGGAGGCAGAGCAAGUGCAGGGCGGAAUGGUGGAGGAGUGUUUGUGAGGAGUGCUUCAUUCAUCAUCACUGAUGAUUUGAAUGUGGAAGUUAACUCUGUUCUGUCUACACUUAAACUUCUUAAAGAGCUUGGCUACGCAGCAGAUUGCCAUAAGCUGGUUGAGAUGAUUCUUGACGUCAAUCUCCAAGAGGUAGCGACUUUGCUGGAGUGUUUGUUCACAUCGGAUACUCCAUUGACGGAUACAUUUCUGAAAAAGAAAAGUUCAUGCGGUCUUAAGAGGAUGCUGAGUCCUCCCGCCUUGAGCGAUGAAGAAAAAGAAGAAAGGGAAUCAAAAGGUGAUCAAACGAUAACGCUGAAUGCAUAUGUGAGGAACAAGGAAGGGAACAUCAUGUACGUUGAGUGUGGUGAAGAUUUUGUUGAUCUUCUUUUCACUUUUCUUGCAAUGCCUCUAGAGUCUGUAUGGGGAAUAUCUGGAAAGGGAAUCAUCCUUGGAUGCGUUGGAAACUUGUGCAAAAGCUUCAAGGAGCUGAGUGCUGAUGAUUCCGCAAGAGAAGCUAAGUGUGUUAUACCUCAUUACUACAAGUGUGAUCAGAAGCAGCUGCUGCUUGAUGCUGUCACUACACAUAAGCCACCAACUUACUACCGCUUUGUUUCCUUCUCUGCGAAUCAUUUUAGAGAGUACUGUUUGAGUGACAAGUCUGAUAAGCGACUUGUGUAUGCUUGGGAUAAACUCUUGCCUGUGACUUGUAUAGAUCCCAAAUCGGAAGGAAAUAAUCAGUCAAGUGGGUUUGUGAAGAAAGGGACAAAGUUCAUGGUGACAGAUGAUCUCAUCAUUACUCCUUCCAACUCAGCCUCAGUCUUGGGAAUGCUUAAAGAUAAACAGAUCAGCCUAGAGGAUGUCGAAUGUCGAGUUAUCAGUAUGAAACAAGAAGAGGUGAUCAAAUUAUUGAGAGCUUCACUAGUGACGUUUUCUGCCUUGAGCACCGGUCUUCUAGCUAUGGAAUCAGAUUCAACAAGUGCUCCUGAAAGCCGAUUCUAUAAGAAGCCGAAGAUUGAGACUUGAGAAGCAAUGUUCAGUCCGAAACUUCUCUUGCUAAAGUUGAUCGCUAGAUAAUCUUUUUAUUUAGCAUCUAACUGUUUCAGUUACUACAAUAUCAGUAGUUUUCUUGGACAUCAUCUACUUUUGUAUGAACUUGUCAUUUUGACUGCUUCUCUUUUAUUCUUUUUUUAUGAGACGUUGA